AAGCUUUUCUUCCAGAAAGCUUUGAGUGCACUAGACCAGGCUCUUGAUUCAUUCGCCACCAUGGCCCCCAACAACAGCAACCCAUCCUUGUCACAUGCUCUUGAGGCUCUUGGAGAGGUGAGAAUUGCCAACUUCAGCCAGGCACAGCUGCAGAGUGAUGGCUUUGUCAGCAGCUGGUUCCAGACAAAGAUCCGUCCGUUUUUGGCCUCUCCAUCGCCCAACUUCCUAUUCUGCCUGAGCUCCAAGAACUUCAGCUGCCAUACGUACCAGACUGUCAUCCGGGUAUUCAGCAGCCAAAGGCCAUCCAUGGAGCAAGAAACACAGCAAGCAGUCUUCACUCAUUUCAUCAAACCAUUCCUUUCAAGAAAUGACUCAUCAGAUCCUGGCUGUGUCUCAUCUAUCAGAAGUAGUGAAGAGUGGAUACAGGCAAACCUUGGCGGCUUCUCUGGUUUUGCAUCCCUGCGAGAUUUGCAAGCCCUCAAUCCCAACUUCUCCAGUGCCGAAUCGUUGUCAGUGCUCACUCCUGCUCAGGUGGCACAGCUGACGCUGAGCUCAGGGGCCUCGAAUGACACAGACCAAAUCGACCGGUGUUUGAGCGACUUGAGGAGGUGUGAGCGGGAUGGCCAAAGCUUUCCUGCAAUACCGUUGCACAGAUUACAAGAAAUCACACAUGUGCUGCUGGGCUACCUGAGAAAGUCCGCCAGUGUCAUCAACGAGCCAGGUAGGGCUGACGCGCUAAACUGCGCCGUGUGGUUGCCUGUGCGGGCUUGA